AUGGCUUCGUAUGUGUAUCCACCUGUUGUACCUCCUGGACAGACUCCUCCACUUGCUGUCAUUACAGAGUCCGACCAUCGAGCAUGGAUAUUCAUCACCGCGGCCUUGGGACUUUCAAUGACACUCCUGGCAACUGGUAUCCGGGCAUUCAUCAGAUGUGGUACCAGGUCGGCCUGGGGUCUGGACGACGGGACUCUGGGAGUGUCGACGUUGCUCUCAUUCAUCCAAUCGUCACUCGUACUUGCAGCAGCUUCAGACGGCUUGGGAAGAUCUGAAGUGACUACAUCUGGUGCGAGCAAAGAACGAGCUGAGAAGUUGUACUAUGCUAGCAACAUGGUCUACGUCCUCUGUCUCGGCUGCUCGCGUGUUGCCAUGGUCCUAUUUCUACGACGGCUUACACCCGUGAGGAUCCAUGUACGAAUACUGACAGCAUUGUUUGCAGCAGAAGCUGCUUGGAUGGUUGCUGUCCUCUUGGUGGUGGCUCUGCAAUGUGGUGUUGCCCAGCCUUGGGCUUUGGGCCGGCAUUGUGGUUCAGCAUGGUUCACGACUUGGGAAGCUGCAGAAGCGAUUGGUGCAACCUUCGAGCUGACUAUAUUCGCUCUCGCCGCCUGGACGCUCACAUGGAGGAUCAAGAUGCCAAGUAGCAAGAAAGCUGUCAUAAUUUCCUCCUUUGGGCUUCGUCUGGCGAUACUAAUCGCGGUCAUCGCCGCCCGUCUCUCGAGCUUCGACAAGGCUGGCUUCUUUACCGAUCCUACGCUUCACGAAGCAGUCUUUGUCUGCUGGACGCAAGCCGAGAUGAACCUCUCGAUUAUCGCCGCGACGAUUCCCAUUGCACACAAGUUCCUCUUAAGCCUGGUAACGAACUACGGCGGCGCUGGCGGUCGAAACAUGAGCGAAAGCAAGUACCGCACAUCACCAAGGCAUCCCAACAGCUCGAUCCGAAUGGAAAGCCUCAAAUCAACGCUAGUGUCCGGGACUUCGACAGACACGAACAACACUUUGAAGUCAGACAAUGACCAGAUUGAAACCUGCAUACACCAGGGCGACGAUCAUCGAUACAGCUACGAUAUCGACGGGGGUAGAAGUCGGCCGCCGCCCACCGAAGAUGGGAUCACGAACAUCUCCGAUGCAAUGAGUGUCAAGAGCACUGGAAGCCGCAAGAUGAUGAUUAGGAAGGAUGUGACAUAUCAAGUGGAUUUUGAGACAUGA